AUGGAAAACCAAAACCAAUCACAUAGUAAUGAAAAUGAUAUAAAAACUGAAAAAGGGAAUGAACAAGAACAACAACAAUUGAAAAUCUCUGAAGAAGAAGAAGAAAUUGGAACAGAAAUUAAUGAUGGGCAAGUUACAAAAUCAGAUGUAGAAUUUAUAAAAGAGUUUUUAGAAAAUAAACCAAAAGAAUUUAUUGAAUUUUUAAAUAAUAACAAUAUACCACUUGAUUCUUAUAAUAUUUCAAGUAUACCAAGAUUUAUUAGAAUUAAACCAAAUAAUAAUAAUAAUAAUAAUAAUAAUGGAAAUGAAUUAAUUUCUAUAAUUGAAAGUGAAAUAAAAACUAAAUUAAUUCCACUUAAUUGGUUACCAAAUUUUUAUAAACUUGAAGAUUCUUCAGUCAAUAUAUCAUCAUCAAAAUCAUAUAAAAGUGGUAUUUUUUAUGGUAUGGAUGCAUCAAGCGGAGCAGCAAUUUUAGCAUUAAAUCCAAAACCAGGUGAUAAUGUAUUAGAUAUUUGUUGUGCACCAGGUACAAAAUUAUGUAUGAUAUCAGAUUUAUUAGAAGGAAAUGGAACAAUCACAGGUGUUGAUAUAUCAGAGAGUAGAUUAGGCACUUGUAAAACUAUUUUAAAAAAAUAUAAAAUACCAAAUGCAAGAUUAUUCAUUUGUGAUGGUACAAAAUUCAACUCUUUAGCACCAAACUCAUCUGAAACAAUUCCAAUGGAAAAAGUUCAAGCUAAAAAGAAAUUAAAACUUAAUAAUAAUAAUAAUAUUACAACAACUACAACUACUACUACAACUACAUCAAUAAAUAAUUUUAAAGAAAAAGAAGAUGAAAAAGAAGAUGAAAAAGAAGAUGAAAAAGAAGAUGAAAAAGAAGAUGAAAAAGACAAUAAUAAUAAUAAUAAUAAUAAUAAUAAUAAUAAUAAUAAUAAUAAUAAUAAUAAUAAUAAUAAUAAUAAUAAUAAUAAUAAUAAUAAUAAUAAUAAUAAUAAUAAUAAUAAUAAUAAUAAUAAUAAUAAUAAUAAUAAUAAUAAUAGUAUAGUAUCAGAUCUGGUUGAAAAAAAAAGGAAAUCAAAAAGGGCUAGUAAAAAGAAAACAUUUGAUUUAGAAGAUUUAUAUUUUUGUAAUACAUUUUUUAUGAGAUAUAGUGUUGGUGGUGGAUUAUAUGAUAAAGUUAUAGUUGAUGCAGAAUGUAGUUUAGAUGCAUCAAUUCGUCAUUUAUUAAAAUAUUCAAAAAUUAGUAGAAAUUUAGAUUUAGAGAAAUCAAAACAAUUAAUAAAUUUACAAAAAGGGUUAAUUGAAAAUGGAUUUAAAUUAUUAAAACCGGGUGGUCAUUUAGUAUAUAGUACAUGUAGUUUUUCAAAAGAUCAAAAUGAAUCAGUUGUUCAAUAUCUUUUAAAUAAGUAUCCAGAUACUUCAAAAUUAAUACCAUCAUUUACAACUCAAAAUGAUAUUAUAAUACCAUUUUCACCUGGUUUCAUUGAAAAUACUUUUAGAUUUUAUCCAAAGAAUGGUACAAGUGGUAUGUUUAUUUCUAAAAUUGAAAAAAUUAAAUAA